ACGGAUCAAUUUACAACUUUUAGUGGAUUCCAUUUCCUAGGAAUCAAGGGCUACAUGCAUCGUGCAGAGCUAUUCCUUUUAUUGUGGCAUUAUUAUAUGGCAAUCAAGAGUAAUACACAACCGACGUAGACUUUUGGGUUACCUGAAGCUAUUGCGGUCUAGGAAAAAACAGAACUUGGACAAGAAUGUGACAAUCUUGAACAAUUGACUGGCUGAUUCCUACACUGGACAUGUUGGCUUUCAAUCGUAAGAAUCCGAAGAACAACGAUCCCGUUCGCGAAAUUCUUGCGAGAAUUGAAGAAAAACAAAGCAAGACUGGCUUAUCGCUAUUUGCACCCCAUGAAGAGAACCAAACUCCAUUACCUUCAGUGGAUAAAACCAGCGCAGCCGACGAGAAUGUAAGUUCUGCUAGCACCAAAAGCUCUUUUUUUCCAGAUUUGAAGACUGCCAGAGAAAAAGCUCAGUCAAGAAUAACAGCUAAUUUGACAAGCCAGCAAAUAGUGCAACCUCCAGGUUAUGGGUCGCACAAGACAAAAAGGGUCCCUCACCACCUCCCUGGGAAUAAAAAGAGUGGAUUGAAUUUAAACCAAACCUUUCCACCUUCAAACAUGAAAGCCAGUUCUGUCUGGGGAGAUGAAAAACUUAACAGUUUGUACAAUGGCAAUGCAUUGAUGAUGAAUAAAGAAAGCAUUGAUAUCAACAUAAAUCCGUUUGGAUACAAUCGGAAGACUUUGGCAUUUGAUAACAGGAAUAUCAACUACGUUGUUGAGUGGCCAGAGACAUGGCCUUUCAAAAUAAUGAGCUUCCAAAAAAAGCAAAAGAAAGGGAAACAACAGAAAAAGAGAAUAACAAAUCAACCAUCUGUUCCCAAAGAGCUGAGUCCAGUGCCAAGGCCAAGCCCCUCCCUUGAUGAGUUUUCAAAUGAGCAUAUCGGUAGUCACGCACGUGUCUUAGCCCCAGUGGACCCCCCAAAUAAACCACACCCAAUACCAAACAAACCAUUCCUAGAGUCAGUUCGCCGACAGCCAAAGAAAUCACAGUCUAGGGAAUCCAGAGGUAGCUUCUAUCUCAAAGAAGCAGGAGUGAGUUAUAAAAGAGAAGAGUCAUUAGUUAACCUGCCAAGGAAGAAAAAGAUUAGCCCAGAUGAGGAAUCUAAAUCAAGACUUGCUUAUCCUUUAUCAAAUGGAGAGAAUGGAACUGAGGAAAGAGAUGUCUCUACUACAGUCUCAUCAGUGGAUAAUGUUACACUUGGUCUUGCAAGGGACAGCUCACCUAACAAACUGGGAUCUGUGAUCACUACUAAGGGCGAAAGUUCUCAAAGUACCAGAGAACAUGCCCCGCCCUGUACCCCUGAACCUCCUGAGCCGCUUAAAGAGGAGGAGCCACCACCCGAGAAAUUAGCCAAGGAAGUGGUGGAUGACAUUGUCAAUCAAAUUCUAGCAGAAGAUGAGGGGGUGGUCAUAUGACAGAUAGGGCUACGUGAUUUGAGAAAAGUUUGUCUGGAAUCAAUUCGCUGGCCAGACUCAUGUUCGGGUCUCCUCUCAACCCCAAGAUUUGCUUGGACAAAGUGAUACUGUAUUAUUAAUAGUCUUUUCUCUAGUUCCUAUUCGAUUUGCUAAAACGCCAAUUUCAAAAUAUACUUUUCUAGCAUUAUGAAUUGUUGAUUCCUUCAAGCUUAAAACCACGUAGCACAGACAUAGAUUUCAUUUGUAUAAAGUUUUAUUAGCCAAAUAUUUUAUUUCCUGUGCAAAUUUCAUGUUUCAUGUUUCUAUGUUAUAACAGCUCUGGUACCAUUAAGUAAUGAUAUAGAAAAUUUGCGAAUUUAUAUAUACUCUUUGCUUCAUUUAUCAUAUUCUCACAAAAAAGAGAAUCAAAUAAAAUAUGGAUUUUUGUGAA